CAUCGUCCCAUGAGACGCGUGUUGUUAAUAACUGCGUUGCCAUGGUGAUUUCCGCAUCUGGUCAAUGGAACGAUGUUGCUUGUACAGUCGUAAAUCCAUUCAUUUGCUACGGAGCCCCGGCUUUACAGCCUGUCUCACGGCUAUACCAUGCUGUAAGACAUCUAAGGAACUGGACGGACGCUCAGGUCUAUUGUAGAAAACGGUUCACUGACCUGGCCACUGUGGACAGUGUGAAUAAUGUGUCCAGUGUGAUGAGUCAGGUGGAUCCUAUCUACACCGGUGUAUUAUGGAUCGGCCUCCAAAGAGCGACCAGUACACGCUGGUGCUGGUCUACUGGAGAUGAGCCUCUAUCAGAUUACUAUAACUGGGCCGUAGGGAUGCCGAGCAGCAGCGGACAAUGUGUGUCUAACAUGAACGGACUUUGGAGCAAUGCUAAUUGUCAGACACUUCAGUACUUUGUGUGCUACAGCGGGAAGGGUUACAUCAGGGUCAACAUUGCCAAAACAUGGCAGGAUGCUCAGAGUUACUGCAGAAGCACCUACACUGACCUGGCUCGCAUCCGCUCUCCGUGGGAACAGAACCAGCUGGACAACGUCGUCGGUAGAUGGGUUACUGUCUGGAUCGGCUUGUUCCGAGACAACUGGCAGUGGUCGGACCAGUGGAGCCGUGGUUUCAGAAACUGGUUAUUAGGACCACAGAGCGUCGGAAGCGGCGACUGCGGCGGUGUGAUGGCGGGAAAUUCUGGACGAUGGACGAAUGACAGCUGUUCCGCACUGCACAGAUUCGUCUGCUACGGAGAUGUGGACAGAUUGUACAAAACUAUGCAGAUUGUGAAGGUGAGAUUGUCCUCCAAUGGACUGGCGAACCUGGAUGACCCGUCUGUGCAAGCUGCAAUGCUGUUCAAUAUUGAACAAAAACUCAGGGCCAGCGGAAUGAAUCAGAAUUUCUACCUGAGCUGGAGAGUAAAGACAGACGGAAGUGUGUUCCGGAAAAUUCAAUUACCUUCGGGGUCUUCGGGGUCUUUGGAGCCUUUGAGGUCUUUGGGGUAUCUGUGAGGUUUCAUUUUAUAUACAGUGCCGUGAAA